UUUAGCAAUGCAUUCUGGGUACAACAGAUGAAUAAGUUGACGCCAUGUUAAAAAAUAAUUUGCAUACUUUUUGUUUUGAGGUGAAGUAUUGAUGGUCUAUGACAAUUUGAAAAGACACAACACAGAUCGAUGCAACUUGAGAACUUCAGGACACAAUGGAGAUGCUUUGAUCACUUUAACUGUGUGUCGUUUGUUUAUGGCGGCGACUGAUCAUAACGUUGACCUACUCCAGGCAGAAAACAAAAUCAGCUGAUCCCUCCAAUGGAUACAAAUAAUUAGCAAGAUUUGUGACAAAUGAUUAAUGGUUUUGAACUAACUUUUGUUUACUAUAGAUGACAAGACUCUCUCGGGCUGUCGGUCGCCAGGUGCUAUGGACGCGGGAGACAGGGAGCAAGCUUCUGGCGGAGAGUCAGGACCGCUGACCAUCGACGAUUUACCGGCUUUUUACAGCUCUGAUGAGUUGGAGCAGUUGGCGGGUCAGAUUUCCCAGUCUCUGGAGCAGGAGCAGUCAAAGGAGCAUCAUGGAGUAUUUCCUGUUCCGGGAUUCCAGGAGGUUUCCUCCUCGAGACGAGUGGCAGCAGAGGCACGUUCGUCAACCAUCCCCACUCCCAGCUCACCCAUACACAAGUCAGCUGGAAAAGAGGAGCAGGCUGGGAACAUUCAGGCUGCCGCUGACUCCAACAGCCAGAAACAGUACGUCCCGUGUAAGGUGUGUGGAGACCGAGCCUCCGGCUUCCAUUAUGGCGUCACUUCCUGUGAGGGGUGUAAGGGAUUCUUUCGCCGUAGUAUACAGAAGCAGAUUGAAUACAGGUGUUUACGCGACGGGAAAUGUAUGGUGAUACGUCUUAGUCGCAACAGAUGUCAGUAUUGUCGAUUUAAAAAAUGUUUGGCUGUGGGCAUGUCCAGAGACUCUGUUCGUUAUGGUCGAGUUCCAAAGAGGUCUAAAAGUCAGGACGACAGUAGCGUGACCUCCACAGAUUGCAAUAUGGACCAGUCGGCUUUGGAGAAUAAACAGCUAGCCAUCUACGACAUCAUCUUAAACAUCUCCCAGGCCCACCACACAAACUGCCUGGUCACUGAAGAUAGAAUAAAGAACCUCAGAAGAAAGCCCUCCUCACUGAUGCAACAGAUUUCCAUUCCUUCCACACCCGUUCAGUUCAGUGACGAGGAACUCGAGGCCCAGAAAUUGUCCAUGUGGCAUUGUCUGGCUGGCUUCAUCACCCCCGCCAUUAACAGUGUUGUGGAGUUCGCAAAACGGGUCACAGGUUUUCCUGAACUAAAUCAAGAUGACCAGCUGAUUCUGAUCAAAUGUGGAUUCUUUGAGGUCUGGUUAACAAGAAUGGCGAGGAUGUUUAACAAAACAGAAGGAUGUCUCACGUUUGAGGAUGGUAGUAUAAUACAAAGAGAGGAAUUAGGAGUCGUCUUCUCGCCAGACUUUGUGAGUUGUAUGUUUGACCUGGCCCAGAGUUUGAACCAGUUAAAUCUGAAUGACACCGAGAUCGGUCUCUUUUGUGCCAUUGUUCUGGCCACACCAGAUCGAAAAGGGUUGGAAAAUCCAAAAGCUGUAGAAACUAUUCAAGAUCGCUUGAUUGAGGCUCUAAAGCUGCAGAUCUGUAGAAAUCAUUCAACAGAGGAGAACUUGUUUGGGACUACAAUAGUGAAACUUCCUCAACUAAGGACACUGGGCGUCCAACAUAACGAGAUUCUGGAGUGGUACCGCGCUCAGUGGAACAGAGUGAGGUUACCUCCCCUGUUCUCGGAAAUCUAUGACAUCAGCAAACAUGAAGAAGACAUGUGAACUGUUCAAUUAUCUCGGGGAGACUUCAUCAAGUUUUAGUUCCUGUCUAUAAGUCAGUUAAUUUUGUGUUAUUUUACUUACAUGUUUAGAAGAUAGUUUAUUUGUUCACUGUUAAGUUUCUUUUAUAGCUAAUGCUAGUGUCUUUAUAAUGUGUUUUCAAAGCUUUUUGUGAUCUUUUAAGAAUAUUCUUCCAUUAAUCAUUGUAUGAUGGUGGUGUUAUUCAUCAUGUGUCUUACUGUGCUUACUUGUGUUAUUUAGUCUCUUUAGACCAGUCUGUGAGAGAUACGCUUAAGCUCUGUACUCCAGGUAUACUUCACACAUACCAACAAACGUCCAAAGGCGAAACACCUGAUAUCUAGUGUAGGAAACAUCAGUAGAGAUAUAUACACACAGAGAUUUGAUUUACUUCACACAUAACAGCAAACAUCCAAAGGCUCCAAGACAGUUCUGAAACAUCUAACAUUUAGUGUAGGAAACAUCCAAAGGCUCCAAGACAGUACUGAAACAUCUGAUAUCUAGUUUAGGAAACAUCAGUAGAGAUAUCCAAGACAGUACUGAAACACUUGAUAUCUAGUGUAGGAAACGUCAGUAGAGAUGUAUACACACAGAGAUUUCAAGUCUCUUGUUGAAUGAACUAAAUUAGUAGCCAUUUGUUUGUUUACUGGGAAAUUUGGCAUGCUGCUUUAUCACUUAUUAACGAACCUUUAUACAUGUUAUAGCUUAGUAACAGAUUGGAUAAUGGAGCAGUAAUUCAGUGGAUAAUUUUUUUUUCUAUCUUUUGUAUAAACACUAGUCAGUGAUAAAAGUUCAAAUAUUAAAAUUAAGUCUUUCCCUUCAGAAUCAAAUAUUUUUUAAAAAAACAGGAACUUUCAAAUAUUGAAUUUUAAUUUGAAAUAUGUCAGUGAUUUCUUCAACAGUGUUCAGCAUUAAUGUUGGAGAUUUGACUGAAAAACUAAGUAGACACACACCAAACCAAACCAAAAAAAUUAGCCACUUCAGGGUUUUUUUGCAUAUGAAAGUGAGCAUUUUUCAUAUAUGUGUUUUUAAUCACACACACACACACACACACACACAUAUAUAGUUUUUUUUUUGUUUUGGCAAAGGAGAUAUAAUUUUUGCUUUAAAAGCAUUAAUGUAAUCCUAUGAGAGAUGUCCUCAAUAUAUAGUAAAUAUAUCUUACACAUUAUGUCACAGAUCAUAUGUCCAUUUGUGUUAUGUUUGUGUCACACCUUGUGCUGAUUUCUUUAUUUUUAAAGAAAAGACCAGGCCAGUUGCUUUUUACAAUUCUUUAACUUUCAAAAUUUUAUUUUUUCCUCCAGUGUGAUUGUUUUGUAUGUAUAACCCGUAUGAUGCCACCAGUUCACCAAUCUUGUCUCCUACAUGUACAUGUAUUAAUAGUCUUACACAUUUUUAAAGUUUUGGUUUUUUUUUUUAUUACUAUUACUACAUCAUCUAUGAUGGUAGUGAAUUCAUGUAUGUACCAAGAGUGGUUGUCACUUACCAUUACCAAAUAACCUGUCUUAUUAUGGUAUGGCACUGUCUGUCUGUCUGUCAAUCAAGCUGUGGACACUUAAGUUUUCUGGACUUAUCUUAGUCAUAUUCUGGGGUAAGAAAUUAAAACCUGGCAUUAUAACUUUAUAUGUGUAAUAUUGAGCUCAUACAGAACAAGUUUGUGUUAUGAGGGAUUUUGCCCAAUAAUAGACUUGUGGCCCUUGGAAAUUAUUACAAGUCAGUUUUCCAGAUUUGUUUGGCCAUGCUUUGAGAUUCUGAUUUCUUAGUUGUUUUAUCAAUAAUGUUAAGAGAUCAGAUUUGAGUUUUGGGAGAUUCUGUCUGAAAUUCUUUAAAGAAUCCCUGUCUUUAUUUAUACAUGUAUUAAGAAUAAAGAUAUUUUAUCAGUGGCCUUCUGUAUAGAACCUAUAGGUGCUUAUCAAGGUUGAGAGUAGAGUAGGAUGUUCAAAGACAUGCUGGUAAUAAAUAAUCACUAAAAUGUAUCAAGAUCUUCUUUGAAACUAGAUAUAUAUAUAUCCUUGUUAGUGGCAAUUUAUUUUUGAAAAAUAUUUGAUUUUUUCACCACAAUAAUUCUGAUUUAUAAAGUUAUGGCACUUAACACUUUUUAUUGUCCGUGAUGAUGUAAGUUUGAGGACUAGACAUACAUUAGACCAUUGGGAGUAACCUGGUUUUUGGAUCCAAUGUAAAUUAACCAUAAUUGAUAGUUUUGUAAUAUUGAUGCAGGCUAGAACCAGACAACUUGUGUUAUCCAUAGAAAGGACAAGAUAGGCUAAGACCCCUUUUUGGCCCCUGGUUUUGGGUGUCUUUCAGAAUGAUGCAACAGUUUAUCAACAGAAACCUGUUGUUACCCCUGCCACAAAAUGAGUAUUGGUUAUGGGAAACACAGAGGUCACAGGAAGGUCCGAAAAUAUGUCAAUUUCCGAAUUUUCUCAUUUUUAUGCAAAUUUUCAUCGAUUUUAC